AUGGCAAUUGAUGUCAAGUCAUUCGGUACCGGGGUCGAUGGCUCAGUGGACGAUGGCCAUCUCCCAAAACGUGCAAAACUCGAAGAUGAAAGCAUGAAAGCUGACGAGGAUGGUCAACCCGACGCGAGUGCCUUCAGUUCAAAAAACCUCUUGAAAUCUCUGGCGGCCGCUCUGAAGCUCGAACACGACCAAUCAAUCCCAUACCGACACUCAGUUCUCAAGAAUAUAUUCGACGACCAAUUGUUACGUCAGGCCCGCGAUGAAAUCAGGAAUGGGCUGUCAUUUUCACUGAAAGAAACCGACAUUUACAAGGUGUUUCAAACAGGCGAUCUGGCGAACGUGGACGGUCUACCAGCAGAAGAAGCGCAGAAAUUGAAACAUGUUAAAACAGUCAGAGAUGCCUUAUAUUCCAAUGAAUUCCGACAAUUCCUCCAUCAAGUCACUUCAUGCGGGCCUCUAUCCGGGAAACAGACCGAUAUGUCCAUCAACAACUACCGCCAAGGAUGUCAUUUGCUGAAUCAUGACGAUGUGAUUGGAACCAGAAGAGUUUCCUAUAUCUUAUACCUAACUGAUCCCGAUAUUCCCUGGGAAGCCACAGAUGGGGGAUCCCUAGAACUAUAUCCAGUCGACUCAGACACUCGGCAACCGCUACCUAUUCCAACAUGUAAAAUCUUGCCGAGCUGGAAUACUUUCGUAUUCUUCGUCGUUCAACCCGGCAAAAGUUUCCAUUCGGUCGAAGAAGUUUUUAACUUGAAAAAGAGUCGGCUCAGUAUUUCUGGAUGGUUUCACUUACCCCACGAAGAUGAGCCGGGAUACUUAGAUGGACUUCGAACCAAAGAAGAAGAGGAGAAACAACUCAAAAGUCUCGGUGCAAGCUUAGACCAACUUAAAGGUAAAGGGGACGAUGAUUCACUGUGGGUGGAUACCGAAUUUCAGGCACCUGCUGAGCCUGCCUCGUUGUUGACUGCUAGUGAUCUUCAGUAUCUGAGUCAAUUCAUCGACCCCAGCUUCCUGAAAAUCGAAGAUAUCUCCAGGCUCAAGGAGCGAUUCGUUAGGGAUUCGCACAUUAGUUUGAUGGGAUUCCUCGACUACGACUUCUCGUGUCAACUCAAGCAGGCCGUUCUUGUCAAUGAGGCCGAAGACCUCUUAGCACUUGCAAAAAAUCCGCCUGAAUCUCGAUUGUAUCCCAAACAGUUCCAGGGCCCUAGGUUUGAACUCGGACUCCAGGACGAAUCUUGGGAGCUUGUAGGCCCGCCGCAUAAACAUCGCUACCUUACUCCAUCGAAGACCGAUCCGGCUAGCAGUAACUCGGCCAAACUGCAACUUUUGAAUUUGCAGUCACUUUUCCAAAGCAGUGCCUUCGCCAAAUGGCUCAACCUCAUCACCACGUGCACUCCUACCUCUCACCAUGUAAUCCCUCGUCGAUUCCGGCCUGGGUUGGACUAUACUCUCGCCACAUCGAACGAACAACAACUAUUAGAACUUCACAUGUCCUUGACCCCAUCUUUGGGAUGGGAGGACGGUGAAUUGGGCGGAUGGGAUUGCUACAUGACUUCCAGCGAUGAAGAUCAAUCAGACCCCGCAGUUUACAAAGGUCCAGGUCCAUCUGAAGGCGAGGAGGAUGAGGAUGACUCCACCUUGUUGACGAUCCAUCCUGGUUGGAAUAAGUUAGACCUCGUCUUAAGAGACCCACAAAUUCUUACAUUUACAAAAUACGUCAGCUCGAAGUCUCCUCAAAGCAAAUGGGACAUCAAAGCAGCCUACAAACUGCAGGAAUGA